AUGCGAAAUGAAAUAAAAGCCCAGCUAAAGCCUAUUGGAAAGAAAAAGGAAUAUAUGGGAAAGGUCAAAAGUAGAAUGGAUGGAUCCCAAAGGGAUCAUGCCAGCGGAUCUAUCUCAAUAGCGGAUGCAAUCAAAGAUGUUUUGUCCUCGACGAAGAAUGUGAAGAAGCGUACUGAGAUGGUUAAAAUCUUAGAUCCUUUUAUUGAUUUAUCAUAUGAUAAUUUUAUAAAAGAAUACAGUUCUGUCUGCUUUGCCUAUGAUUCUUUAAAUUCUAAGCAGAAAGCCAUUAAAUUGUAUAUGAAUUCAUUCUAUGGUGUGACGGGCAGAAGUGGCUCCCCAUUCUACAUACUCGAACUUGCUAAAGGUGUUACUUCGGCUGGGCAAGAAAUUAUCAAACGUGUUGCAGAGUACGUUAGAAAGAAAGGCUUUAGGAUAAAAUACGGUGAUACCGAUUCCUUAUAUCUCAUUUGUCCAGAUUCCUGCUAUGAAAAAUACGAUCUGGCUUAUAAUGAUGGGAAGGGAGAAAUCUUUAAACUAGAGUAUUGGACCGAGAUGGUCAAGACUACUAUGGGUGUAAUGGAAAAAUUGCGCAAUGAUGUGAAUACUUUCCUCAGGCUAGAGACUAGAUCAGAUAAUCUUAAAAUGGCCUACGAGGAAGUACUAUUUCCAGUAGCGUUUACCGGAAAGAAAAAAUAUUUUGGCAUUGACCAUGAAGAGACUCCUAACUUCGAACCAAGAGAGCCUUUUAUAAGGGGAAUAGAUACUGUGAAGCAGGGUAAAUCCCAAGUUUUCAAAACUAUAGGGGAUCGUAUUAUGCGAAGGGCUAUGGAUAUUAAUAACGUCCAAUCACUCCAUGAGAUUGUUGAAGACGUUCUCAGGGAUGCUAUAAUUAAUCAUGAGCAGUGGAAUUUUGAACAAUUUAUAGAGACUGAUGCUUGGAAACCCGAUAAAGAUAACAAAGCUGUUCAGCGUUUUAUAGGACGAAUGAAAGGAAAAUAUGAUACUAAGAUUCUGGUACCAGGUGGGCGCUUUAGUUACGUAGUAACUCAUCCAGAUAUGACUUUUGAUUUACAUGGUAGAAAGUUAGAACCAACUAAAGGCGAGAAAAUGGAAUUUGUGGAUGUAGCUAAGGAAUUGGGUAAGGAGUUAGAUUUAUAUCAUUAUUACGAAAAAACUAUCAUUGGUCUCUGUGCCCGAUUUAUCAUGUAUGAUAAAAGACAUGAGCCGACCCCCUCAGAUAAAAUAAUGCAAAUUAAGGAUCCGGAUGAGAAAUAUAAGCAAAUAGAUGACCAUGCUCAAAAGAAAGCCAAAUCAUGGCUUGAGGGUUUUGUGAAGGAGAAUAUUAUAGUUAAUGGUAUUACUUCCAAGAUGAUGGUAUCCCGUGGAAAUGCUUAUAAACGCGCCUAUAGAAACGCUGUCAUAGAAGCACAAGAAAUGUUGUAUCAAAAGAUAGGUAGUUCAUAUGAAAUAUUUCAUGGUAAAUGGCUUAGCUAUGAGAUUUUCAUGGCAAGCAACCCUAUCGAGGUAUUAUGGGAGACAUUUAUGAAAUGCGCUAGGAAAAUUUCAAAAGAUAAAAACCUCUCAGUAGAUGACGAAAUGAGGGAAAAAAUAUGCUCUGAUUUUGCUCUAUAUCCUAGCGAGCUUGCAAAAUGUAUUGAAGAGUAUAAUUUAUUCUUUCACAAAUUGGUCUAUCAUAUGCGUUAUAAAGAGCAUGUAUCAAUUCCAGAAGAAAUCGGCCCAGUUUCAUCCAUGCGAAAAAAUGAGAUAAUUGCUGACCUACCUACCUUACCUCAUAUAUCAGAAAUUGGGGCACUAGAUGAGAUUAGUAAUUUAUGGUAUUUCCAUCUUGAGGAUGUGACCGAAAGCACUUAG